UCCAGUAUUGCUGAGAUCCAGCAGCCUGCAGUUACCUCAUUUCCAAGUGGCACAGGCAGGAAUGGUCACCCCACCACAGGGCUGUCUGGCAGGGAUUAUCUAGUGCAGGAGAGCAAUUGUGGCAUCACAUUCUGGAUAAUUUACACCUGGGUUCAUGGAGCAGAGGCUAUUGAUUCUACUGGGACUACUGGUCACUUCUAACACAGGGUUUGUUCUGGCUCUUUUGCCCCAGUUCCCAGGGGCUAAGGGCAGUCUCCAAGUUAAAGAGGGAGGAAGAAAAGCUAGCAGGGAAGAGGAGUCACCGACAACCUUUUUCCAAUCAGGAGUGACCCUUCCCCCUAGGUCAGCUUCCCCUGGACCUCAAGGAACCCCAAUUCCUGGAUAUGAGCAAAUGAGCCCCAGCUUUCACCUGGAGCCAGAUUCUGGGGGAGCCCACAGGAGGGAAAGACGCUGUACAUGUUAUACAUACAAAGACAAGGAGUGUGUCUACUACUGUCAUCUAGACAUCAUAUGGAUCAAUACGCCUGAGAGAACAGUGCCAUAUGGACUAUCCAGUUACAGGGGAAGCGUACGAGAAAAACGAGAUACAGACAGAAGGCGGAUGAGCUCCUUGACACAGCCCCGGUGUUCAUGUACAGACCCAAGUGACCAGCGCUGUGUCAAGUUUUGCGAACAGAAGACAGACAGACCCUUAAGGCAAAGAACACGCAGAGAUCUCAGAAUAAAACUGACAAGAAUACGUGCUGCAGCAUGAACGCCAGCCACUGUGGUCAGGCCUGCAGCACACAGGUUUGGAGAUGCCAUUUAGGACAAGUGAGUUUCCAAGAUGCCUGAGAUGACUCGUUACUGUAUGUCGCAGACAGAGGACAAGGCCGCCCAUCAUCAACCCUUCAGGCACAAGAGAAAUUACACAUUUUGUUUUCUCAACAUGUCUUUACCUCACAACCAGUAUUUGCUUAGAGAAGUGAAGAAAGAUAAUGGGCGCUUUCUAUUGAGGAGAGAUCUAUCCAUUGAAAAGUCCAACUGGUCACGCAUUUGAUCUUUAGAGGAAAUUGAAACAAAUUGCCUUCCAAUACAAUUUUUUUUUUUGUAGAACUCAAACUCCAUUUACCACAGGAGCCCAGUAGUAGUUCUGUACAUAUGUAUAUUCAACCAAUCUUGUAAAGGGCUAAUUUCAGGCAAAAAUUCUAUGUUAAGUCUACUGCAUAGCUUUUAUACAGAUAAUUAAGCAUAGGAAAGCUUUGCUUUGUCAUCAACCUUCACCCACCAUGCAUCAUCUCCUCUUACAGAAAAGUCUAUAUUCAAGGCUGGUGACAAUUGUGCAUGGACCAAUACGGUGCAAUCUGAGAAUCCUAAUUUUGCUACAGUAUGUAUCUGAAAAUGCAAGCACAUAUACAGGGCCGUCGUUAAUAUUGAUUGGACCCUGGGCAAGAAUUUACUUGGGCCCUCUGGAUCCCGCUUUCCCACACACUAGCAUGCAAUCACGCCCUCCACCACAACACACACACAAAAAAAAAAA